AUGACGUUAAACACGCCGAUAUUAAAGCCGCAGAUAAACUUCCUCACUGGAGGUUCUGAACAGAUUCUGGGAGCGUCUGCAGAGAACUGUGAGCACAAACGAGGAGAGAGGAGCAGGAGGAGGAGCAGGAAGAGGAGCUGGAUCAUCUCUUUAGUUCUCGUAUUGAUUAAAGUUUGGAGCCUCCGGCUGUUUGAGAAGACUCCCAGACCGAGCAGCGCCGCAGGAAACUCAGAUAUUAAUGAGAGAGGAGAGGAGAGGAGGGAGGAGCUGAGGAGGAGAGAGGAGGAGAGAGGAGAGAGGAGAGGAGAGGAGAGGAGAGGAGGGGGGGGGAGAGGAGAGGAGAGAGGAGAGGAGAGGAGGGAGGAGCUGAGGAGGAGAGGAGGAGAGAGGAGAGGAGAGGAGAGGAGGAGAGGAGAGGAGAGGAGGAGAGGGAGGAAAUGA